AAACAGUAAAGAAGCGUCAUUGCGUCUCGAGACGCGGACGCUGCGCGAGCAGAUUUGGAAAUAGGCUUCCUCAGGCACCAAGAGAAAGUGUUGUUAUAGAGGAAGAGCUGCGCGAUGGCGUCUACUUUAGCGCUUCUUCUUCUCCUUUCUGCAGGUUUAUUCACGGUAAAAGCUGGUGAUGACUGUAAGAGCUACUUGAACAUUAAUAACGAGUUCAAGAAUUGGAUUAACUGCUAUGGUCGGGAGCAUUGCUGUGGAUCCUGUAAUCACAGAUACUGCUGCUCCUCUGAAUAUUUUAAGUUAUCCGAAAGUGAUCAAAACCUCUGCACUUUAAGAAACAAUAAUAUUGUUAUUGGCUCAUUAAUAACGGGGGUGAUCCUUAUCGCUGUGUUCAUCACCUGCUGCUGUAUCUAUAAAAUGUGUAGAACACCCAGACCUGUGGCAGGAGCUCAUGUGACUACAAUCUCAAAUGCACAUUUCAUUCAGCAGCAGCCUGUAAUGCAGGCGGGCCAGUACCCACAAUACCAACCAGUGCCGACUCAACCGGGUUAUGGUCAGCCAAUGCAGACGGGCCUGUAUCAGGGACAGCCAUAUGCACCAGGACCCCCGCCCUCAUAUCACGUGGCCGUGAGUCCUGGAUAUCCCACUGGUCAGAGUGCAUAUGACGGAGGCCAGGCCAUGUACCCCAUGCAGCCGCCUGCCCAGCCGGGGGUCAUGUAUAUGCCUUCAGAAACAUUGAAUCAGCCGGCCUACAACCCCGCCUACGUGCAGCCACCAAACAUCGCUUACUAAAGCGCGACCGUCUGUCAAUCUGCUGGACUGUGGAGGUUGACGCAUAUUUCGCGAAGCAGUCAGAAUGUGGCCAAAAUAAUGUGGAUUAUACAAAAAUAGUGGAUGUGUUAGACUCAGGUUAUUACUGGUUUUAAAUUGAGUUAUUUUGCGUUAUUACGUUUAGUAAUUUCUUUCAGUUUCGUUUUCACUCCGUGGCAAACUGUGGAAAAAUGUUUUUGGGAAUUGUAAAUAAAGCAAAGAUUAGUUUUACAAGAAAAUACAAUUUCAGUCUUUCUACAAGCAAUAAGUGAAUUGUUUUAAUGCAGUUUUAGUUGUUUUUUUUCUACUUUCAUAUUAAUUAUUAGAUUAUUAUUUUAAAACUGAACUGAACUGUUACACAAUAUAAAAUGUAAAGUUCUUUCGUUUCAGUUUACGUAACUCUGUUAUUGAGUUUUCAUAUUUUCAUUAACGGUGUUACUCAUAAAUAUGAUUGUGUAGGGGUUUACAUUUCAGAUGACAGUGACGGGGAUUCCGUUCAAACAAAGUGUCAACAAGUUUUCUAUUUUGAGCUUUUUUCCUUUGAGGGUCUAAAAAAAUGCAACCGCACUUGAACAACAAUGACUGUCACAAAAUUUCCACAAUCAUGUCACGAGUCCCACUGACUUUCUGUAGCAAGUUUAAAUGCACAUGAAAGAUUUAAAGCACAAAAUGGCUGUCAAAGUAGGAAAAAGGGUUGCAUUUUUGAUAAAGCAACCUUUGUUAAAGCAUUAUGGGAAACCACUGUCAUUCACAGUUCCUUAUUGUAUUGUUUUAGGUUACACAGUUUUUUUGAGAAGCAGCCUAUUUGUUUAACGGCUAUACAUUUUGUAAAUGUUUAACUGCUGUUUUUUAUGUUUUUAUGCUUGAAAGAAGGGAAAACUAUAUUUAAAGGAUGUCAAACUCAACAAAGUCAUCCAAACCUUGAAUGUAUAUGGCGCAACCUACUGGUCAAAUAAAAAAGAAACAAUCUA